AUGGAGGGACUUGGGGCAGCCACAAGCGCCAUCGCGCUUACGGCGAAGAUUGUUUCUCUCUGCGCCGAGUACUCUUCUGCUGUCAAGAGUGCUAACCACGACAUCCAGCGCCUUCAAGAGCGUGCCAGAAGCCUGGAGAGAACGCUGACGGAUGUAUUGGAACUUCUCCAAGGCUCCCACGGGGCUCGACUUAGGACGUCGCAGAAACUACGCGAUGCUCUUAAUAGUUCCCGCUUGCUCUUGGACACGAUUGCUACAACACUCGAAAACAAGUCAAAUGGAGGUCGAACGCAGAGAACAAUGAGAGCUUUUGGGUUGCGGGCCCUAAAAUGGCCCUUCGAAAGCAAGAAACUGGAGAACACCAUCGCAGCCCUGGAGCUGCAUCAGAAUACCAUGGCAGUCGCCCUACAAGUCGAUCAAAUGGCAGAAGUGCUCAAUAUUGGCCACAAGAUCGACUUGUCCAAACUUCCAAUCGCAAAGGGCGCCGCUUACAACUCUCAAGCUAACGAGUAUGAUCCCCGGUGCCAUCCUAGAACCCGCCUCAACGUCCUCGCUGGCAUAUAUAAUUGGUUCGAAGACCCGCACGGAAAGUGCAUAUACUGGCUAUGCGGUAUGGCUGGCACUGGCAAGUCAACCAUUUCUCGAACAGUGGCAGAAUAUCUUGGACAGAAGAAAGUGCCCUGUGCAAGUUUCUUCUUUAAGAAGGGCGAAGGCGAUCGUGGUAGAGCUGCCUUGUUUUUCACUACGAUUGCGGCUCAGCUUGUCCAACAAUUACCAUGUAUAAUCUCGCACAUGAGGGCCGCAAUUGAGGCGGACAUGAACAUCUCUGAUAAGACCAAGAAUGAACAGUUUGAGAAGCUUAUCCUAGAUCCGCUUGACAAGUGCGAGGGCCAACAAUCUACUAUAGUGUCUAUAGUGAUUGAUGCCCUUGAUGAGUGCGAUCUGGAAGAAGAUGUUAGAAGCAUGGUUCAUUUGUUCGCUAGAGCUAUGGAGGUAACAUCCGUUCGCCUACGUUUCUUCAUUACCAGCCGGCCCGAACUCCCAAUACGUCUCGGCUUUAAAAGCAUCGGCGGCUCCUAUAAGGAACUGGCUCUUCACGAAAUCCCUAAGCCUGAUAUCAAAAACGACAUUGCCAUAUAUUUAGAAGAUGAGCUGAAGGCCAUUGUGCAGCGCUAUAACAUGUCGGUUGAAACAAGACGGCAACUACCAUUGCAAUGGCCUGGUGGUGAAAACACAGAGAAGCUUGUUGACCUGGCCAUCCCUUUGUUUAUCUAUGCUGCGACUGCUUGUCGAUUUAUCAACGAUCGCAGACUUGGUGGCCCAAACGAGCAACUGGAAAGAUUUUUCAACUCCGAUCUAAACACAAGAUCUAACCUUGAUGUGACAUAUUUGCCUGUGUUAGAUCAGCUAACAAGAGGUCUCAAAAGCGGCGAAACAGAAGCCGUUAUAACAAAAUUCAAAAAGAUUGUCGGUACUAUCGUGCUUCUCGCUAACCCACUUUCAAUAACUUCUCUUGCGAGUCUUUUGGCAAUCGAGACUGAGAAAAUCGACAACCAACUGGACAUGCUUCACUCGGUCUUAGAUAUACCUUUGAAUCCGGAUGUGCCGAUACGACUCUUCCACCUCUCUUUCCGGGACUUUCUCAUCGACAAGGAAAAUCGCGAUGUAAACUCUUUCUGGGUGGAUGAGCAGGAGACCCAUCAGAUAAUCAUGUUACGCUGCCUUGAGCUGCUUUCUACAGACAAUCUUCAAAAAGAUAUCUGCGACCUACGGAGACCAGGAGCACUACGGUUAGAAAUCGAACAAGAGAGGAUAGAUACUCACUUUCCACCAGAGAUGCAAUACGCGUGCCUCUAUUGGGUCUACCACCUAAAGGAGAGCGGAGGAACAGUCCGUGACCAUGACCAGGUCCAUUACUUCCUGAUCCGCCACCUACUGCACUGGAUCGAGGCCCUAAGUCUUCUUGGCCGUAUCUCAGAGAGUGUCAGUAUGUUGGAUAGCCUACUAGAUAUAGUUGAUCCAGAAGAAGGUGCUGAUAUAUCAGCCAUGAUCCGCGAUAUCAAGCGAAUUAUUCUUAUUAAUCGCUGGUCCCUUGAUGAGGCACCACUCCAAAUCUACUCUUCAGCUCUGAUAUUCGCACCAGAGCAGAGUGUGAUUCGGAACAUGUUUAGAGAUCAGAUCCCUCCUUGGAUAUCUCUGCUACCCCAGGUUGAAAGCAACUGGGAUGCCUGCUUAGCGACACUUGAAGGCCACAGCGAGGGGACAAUAGCAGUCAACUUCUCUCCAGACGGCCGACUACUCGCCUCAGCAUCAUAUGAUGGUACAAUUAAGCUCUGGGAUACAGCAACCGGUCGCUGCACGGCGACGCUUGUGAGCGAAGGCAUAUUCGCAGUCUGCUUUUCACCAGAUAGUCGACGGCUGGCGUCAACAUCACAAAAACAAAUCAAGCUCUGGAAUCCAAUUACAGGCAGUUGUAUAAUGACGCUUGAUGGCCAUUACAACGUGGUAAAAGACAUUAGUUUUGCUCCGGAUGGGCGACGGCUGGCUUCAGCAGCACAUGAUCGUACCGUUAAGCUCUGGGAUACAGAAACAGGCGAUUGUAUAGAAACGCUUUUGGGUCAUAGAUCCUUCUGGUUAGAAGGAGUCAGCUUUGCGCCAGAUAAUCGACGGUUAGCAUCAGUGACAAACGAGGAGCGCAUCGAUGGCCCUUAUGUGAUAUCAUGCGACCACACAAUCAAGCUCUGGGAUACCGUUGUUGGCAAUUGUAUAAUCACAUUUACUGGCCAUGAUGACAAAAUUAACGCAAUCCGCUUUAUGCCGGACGGCCGGUGGCUAGCUUCGGCAUCGAAUGAUCACACUGUUAAGCUCUGGGAUCCAGCAACAGGCAGCUGUAUAGCAACACUUGUUGGCCAUAAUGACUGUGUAACUGCAAUCAGCUUUACACCAGAUAGCCGGCACCUAGCUUCGGCAUCAUAUGAUGAUACAAUUAAGAUCUGGGAUACGGCAUCAGGUCUUUGCAUGACAACAUUCAAAGGCCAUAGCAAAUAUGUUACGGCAGUUGGCUUCGCGCCUGAUAACUGGCAGCUGGCUUCAGCAUCAUAUGAUUCUACAAUUAAGCUCUGGGAUACUACAAUAAGCCACAGUCCAUCAACAACAGAUAUCCACAGUGAUAAAGUAACAGCCAUUGGUUUCACCCCAGAUGGUCGGCAGCUGGCUUCGGCAUCAGACGAUCACACAGUUAAACUCUGGGAUACAGCAACUGGACGCUGCAUAGCGACGUUUAAAGGCCAUGAACAUUCAGUUACAGCAGUUACCUUCGCACCAGAUGGCCAUCAGCUAGCUUCAGCCUCCAAAUAUGAGAAGACAGUUAAGCUCUGGGAUGUAACAACUGGUCACUGUUUAUCAACAUUUCAGGAUGGCGCAACACUUCCCAAUGAAGACACAGUAACACUUCCCAAUGAGGAGUCGCCAGGCGCAGUCACCUUCUCACCAAAUGGCCAGCUGCUAGCUUCAGCAUCCGAGGAUCACAAAGUCAAAAUCUGGGAUAUAGCGACACAUGAUUGUAUCAUGACACUUGAAGGCCAUAGUUAUUGGGUCAGUGCAGUGGCUUUUGCACCAAAUGGCCAGCUAGUAUCAGCAUCGGGUGACAAUACGAUUAAAGUCUGGGAUAUAGCAACAGGAAGUUGCACGGCAACGCUCGAGGGCCAUGGCAGAUGGGUAACUGCAAUCAACUUCACCCAGGACGGCAAGAUUGCUUGUGACCUAAUCGAUACAACACUGACUAUUGAAACGAGAAGAGGGUACGAUUUGUACUAUCCAUCACCAAAGUCGCCAAUACGGAAUCCUCCUGUCCAUGGGCUCUCUUCUACAACACCAAUUGUCAAUCGUCAGGAUACUGGAAUCUAUAGUCAAACAUGGGUUACUUGGGAUUCACACAGGAUCUUAUGGCUACCACCAGCUUAUAGGCCGAGAAUGUCAACUGUAAGAGCAUCAACGCUUGCCAUUGGGUGCGACUCCGGACGCGUGGUCUUUAUACGCCUCUCGGAUAUGGAUAAGCUAUUUGGUUAA